AUGGACUUGACAUAUGGAGGAGGAGCAGCACAUCGGGUGCAUGGAAACAAGUGGGCACUCAUAGCAAGGCUAUUCCCGGGUCGAACUGAUAAUGCGGUCAAGAACCACUGGCACGUCAUAAUGGCCAGAAAGCAAAGGGAGCAAUCCAAGUUAAGUGCCAAGAGAGGUUCCGGUCAACCCAAUUCUAGUAGUUCCAUGACUGACUCCAGUAAGGCAAUGUUUUGCAGAAAGCCUCAAGAGCUUCAGGAAGAAGUAAUUAACUCCUGUUUCAAGUUUGAGAGUAGUGGCAGGACUAGAUUUUUUGAAUUCCAAAAUCCGGGCAGUAAAGAUAGGAUACCGGUAUUGCCGUCCCUCAUGAGUUCUUCACCUUCUUGGACUUCUACGCCACGGAUGGUGCCCGUUUCAUCUUCUCUUGACUUCUUUGAGAAAGAAAGAAGAGGCCAAGUCCUGAACUUCCCAAACUCUUCAAUGCAUCGUGGCCAUAUUGAAGCUAGUACUGGACUCGACUUUCUGAACUACAGGAGGUUUGAUCCGGGUCAUUUCGGGAACUUUAGGGUGGGAAGGAGUUAUGGGAGUACUGGUGAGGCGGCGACCAUAAGGGACCAGACAAGCAAUUUUAGCAAUGAUCAAGCAUUUCUGAGGUGGGAAGUGAAUUCCAGGCAGGUGCAAGUCGGAGGUGAUCAAAAUGAAUCCGUCAAGCUGCGGAAAGAUGUCCCGUUCAUAGAUUUUCUUGGUGUGGGAGUGUCGACAUCGUAA